AUGUUCGUUGUUCUCUUCUUGUUAUCUUAUUCAUUGUCAAAAUAUGUCAUAGGUCGAGACACCGAAGACAAUUAUGCUUACCGCACUGGAAGGUGUUAUUACUCCGGAGACGAUUUUUACAACAAAGUUGAAAUUGAGGGCUCAACUAUCAAAGCUUACGAAUCACAAGAUUGUAAAACUUGGUCUGAAGUACCAACUAUAGAUAUCGGUAAAGAUUUGACAAUUCAAAGUGGAAUUCCUUUGUAUUCUGCAAUGGCUUUUGAUUAUUCUGAUAAAAAAGAAUGCGCCUUAAAACUUACAGAAGCUUUUCCAAUGGAAAAAUAUUUCAAAGAAGGUUGUGUAAAAUUGACUGAUACUUCUUCUGUCAAAAGACAAGCAACUUCAGACAGUGUUUUGGUGUUGACCUACGACAAAGUGCCAGAUUGUAAAGGAGAACCAUCAAAAACUGUUACAAAACCAGUUGAUAAAUGCAUAUUAGAAGAUACAACUUAUUUUAUAUACUCAAGUGGGACAAAUAUGGCAUUUGUGGUUAUGGUUGCAGCAUUGUUAGCUUUGCUUAUCUAA